AUGACCAUCGGCCGGCCGGCGCUGUGUACACACACGGCAGGUGCGGCGAACGUGCCUCGGCACAGCUCUCUACGAGGGCGCCGAGGCCUGUGGCAGGACAACGAGGUGCGGCGAGGUGUGGCCCGCGGGGGUGGAGGUGGAGGCGGAGGCCGCGGCGGAGCGGUCGAUGGUCCGCCGCCGCCGCCCAGAUUGCUAAUUGGAGGCUUCGCGGCUUCCGUCGGCUCAGCCCGUAACUCCGACGGCGCCUCCGCCGCUUUGCCGUCGUCGCCACUGCUGGUCCAGUCACCUGCACCAGACGGGAGCCUCUCACCGCCGCCGCCGCCGCCGCCGCCGCCGCCACCGUGUUCCUCCGCGGUGCCGGAACCGAUGGACGCUGAGGCUGCCUAUCACGCCGCCGCCGUCGCCCACCCAGUGGCACUGCGCGGCCCGGCCAGGUUUCCCACGGCGCGCUUUCCUCGCCCCCUCGCAAGCAAUUCGGGGUCGCGGGUGGACAGCGCGCCCCAGCUCUUCCGCUGUCUGUGCCCUCAGCUGCGCCACCCCUGGAUCCCUCCUCCGGCCGUCGGAAGCCAUACUCAACGACGCUGUGGAAAGGAGGCGCCGUGUACGGAGGAAGCAGCUGACGCGGGGGCGAGUGCGUGGGCGGUGGCACGCCGAGACUCCGCUGCUGCAGGAGAUAUUCAGGCCGGCCCUCCGCCCCCGCUCAGCCUGUAG